AUGAACUGGACUCUGCACAAUUGUGAGACCCCAGUGCGGACCCCUAACGGCACCAGGACGGACGCUUGGGACAUAGCCUACCUUGUACUCAAGGUCCUGACCAUCUUUACCUGUGGGUGUGGCAUGCUGGGCAACGCUGUGGUGGUCUGGCUGUUGGCCUUCCACGUGCGGAGGAACCCCUUCGCUGUCUACAUCCUCAACCUGGCGGUGGCUGACUUCCUUCUCCUCCUUUGCUUAGACAUUAUACAAUUUCAAGAAGACAUCUCCCAGACCACGCAAUCCCACACAUUUCUGGUGGUGGUGAGAACGAUACUCUACUUGGCAUACACGAUGGACCUGGGCCUGCUGAUGACCAUCAGUGUCCAGCGCUGCCUCUCUGUCCUCUUCCCCAUCUGGUACAAAGUCCACAGGCCCCAACACCUGUCCACCGUGGUGUGCAGCCUGCUCUGGGGGCUGGCGCUUGUGAUAGUCACACUGGACAUUUUAUUCUGUGACAUUUAUAUUCAGCACUGCUCCAGCUCAGACACCUUCCUGGGCAUUGUCCUUCUGGGCAUCUUGACCCCUGUUAUGAUCCUCUCCAGCGUGGUCCUCUUCGUCUACACCCAGAGAAGACCCCCGCAGUGGCGCCGGCGAUCCUCCAGGCUGUGUGUGAUCAUCCUGAUCUCAGUCCUGGUGUUUGUGGUCUGCUCGCUGCCCCUGGGCAUCUUCUGGACCAUCACCCACAGGCUGCAGAUAAGCUCUUACGUAUGUGUUCUGUUUUGCCACUUCACACAAUUCACCUCCUCCAUCGGCAGCAGUGCCAAUCCCUUCGUUUACUUCCUGGUGGGCAGAUGGAAGAAUAGCCGCUUUCCCGAGUCCUUGAGAGCCUUACUCAGCAGGAUAUUGCAGGAGGACCCAGAGGUGGGGAGCAAAGGAGCCUCCUCCACAAAUACCAAUGAGGUGGGAUCCGAGAGCCAGCCCUCUGUAGUUUCUGCCCAGGUGAUCCCAGCCCUGGAUUAG